CUUUGAAGAGAGCGGUAUUAUAAGCUUAGCUGCAGUUUCGAUAAGGCUUGCCCUUUAAAUUAGUUUACUUUUUUUAGCUUUCAGGAUGAUUCAGAUAUCCUAUUUGAAAAUUAAUUUUUAAGCAAAGCAAUAAGUUGUAUUAGUUAGCUUUAGGCACUCUUAGAAGGUUUAAAAAGGGGAAGAAAAAUUGUACUUAAUGGAAUCCGAAUAAAAUACAAAUAAGAGGGUUAGUAAUUUCAAUUAGGUCAACCAUUUAUAUGAUUUGUGAAUUCAAAAAUUAUUAUUUCUAUUAAUAACGUUAUACUCUUUAAAAUCCCAUACUCAACCCAUUUAAUCUAUAAUCAGUCAAGGCAUUUGCAAUCUUUCUUCAGAAACCAUUGCAAAGAAGCAAUCAGGAAAGGGAUUUAUACUUACAAAUAUUCUCUGACAAUUCGAGGGAGAUUUGAAUACCAGGUUUUGCGUGUGUGCUGUGCAAAUGAUGCUCCGAUAGGUGUUUCGAUCAUACAUCGUGCCAAGCAAAGCGGAUCCGUAACUUCGAGGGCAUGCUUGGCGGCGGCAGCGGGGAGCGUCUGUGCACGCCAAGCACUUCGGCCGGCCCCUUCCGCAUCUUCUCCGUGGCCGGAUUCCAGAACCGGGCCAAUGACAUUGUCUACUGCCCGCCAAUCGUGCGGCAGCAUUCAGUGCACGUGCCGGAAGACUCAACGGCCAUCAUCUACUUUGGCGGCGAUGUGCAGGACUUCCCGGAGAGUAUGGAGACGAACCGUGACAGUAGGGGCUAUAUGAAGUACAACCUCGAGAACUCAGCCAUCCUUCUGCGCGAGGCCUUUCCCAGGUCACACAUCAUCGUCAUCCGGCCAGUGCGCAUGGAGUUCAAGACAUUCAGCUGCUUCGACAACUUUGUGAGGGGCAACAAUGCUGGAGUUCCGGAUCAUACGCCCAUGAACCAUGCCCUCCAGCAUCUGGAAAAACUGCUCCAGAAUCUGUCGCAGCGGCUAAUUUCUAUACCCGAGAACGAAAUUCUCGAUCAGGCGGCCCAAGCGGCGGCAGCUGCGGCGGCGGUGGCUGCUGCUGCUGCGGCCGCUGCACUGACGCUAUCCAACGCCACGGUCAACUCGGAGUCCAACUCGCAAUCGGCACCGGCCAACGACAGCAGCCAGGAGAUGGACAUUGACAUACUGCAGGUGCAGGAGAAUAUCACAGUGGAUGCGGACGGGGCAGUUAUAUUUCCCAUUGUGGGCGGUGAGGCGCCGGAGACGGUGAACAAUGUGUCCGGAAAUAAUGGUAACAUCGGCGGCGGUGGCAACGAUGAAAGCGUCAACAACCACCAAGAGCAGGUGAACAACCAGCAGCUGCAACAGCAGCAGACGGCGGCGGCCAUUAAGAUGACUUCUCCCACAGCAGCGCUAAAUGCCACCAACAACGUGGAACACUACAACAACGAUUGUGCCACGAGGCCUGUUCCUGCUACCACUGCAACAUCAGCUUCGGCAACGGCAACUUCUACAUCCACAGCCACCAGCGACAGUAAUCCGCUGUGGUGGCGGGAGAACCUCAAUCUGGACAAGUCCAAGCUGGUCCUGAUUGGCUUCAGCAAGGGCUGCGUCGUGCUCAAUCAAUUCAUCUACGAGUUUCACUAUCUGAAAACCCUGACACCCGACGACAGCAGCAUGUGCCGACUGCUCUCCCGCAUCUCGGACAUGUACUGGCUGGAUGGCGGGCACGGGGGCCAGAAGAACACAUGGAUCACCUCCCGCAGUCUACUGGAGACGCUCACGCGCAUGGCAGGAAUGAACAUCCACGUACACCUGACGCCCUACCAAGUUCAGGAUGACCGCCGACCCUGGAUUCGCAAGGAAGAGAAGCUGUUCACGGAGAUGCUGAGGCGGCUAAAUGCGCCGAUCACCCGUCACCUGCACUACGACAACCAGCCGGCAAACCUAAUGACCCACUUUGAGGUGCUUCAGGCCUUCUGCCAGCAUGUCCAUGCUCUGAACCAGCAGCAACAGCAGCUCCAGCAGCAACAGGGACUGGGAAUCAGUGAGCAGUUGGCGGCGACGGUGGCCACCAACAAUGGUAGCAACAGUCUGUUGGAAGCCGGCGAGGAGGCAAAGUGA